AUGAACAUGAAAAUUAAGCGUCAUUCUUACAAAGAUCUGCUGGUUCAGAGUUUGAGGAGCAGUCACCACCUAAUUUCAGAACGCAAAGAAGAAAGGCUACCUAAAAAUUCUUCUCAAAAUAGUGAUUCAGCGGAUGAGAGCUCUGAAGAUUCCUUAAGCAGGCUUUCUGGCAAACCAGGUAUUGAUGAUUCAUGGCCUACCUCAGAUGAUGAAGACGUCAAUUUUGAUACCAAGAAUGUCCCAAAACCAUGCUUAGCAAAGCUAAUGACUGCUUCUCAGCAAUCCAAGAAAAAUUUAGAAGCAACAGAUGGCAUUGUGAGAACAGGAAAUAGAAAUUCAUUUGCGGAUAGAGAUUCUGAUAGUCAAGAUGAAGUUGUGAUUGAAAGCCUCCCUACAACAUCACUCAAAGUCCAUGGCUUUUCUCAUCCUACCUAUCCAUCACCUGACCCUCUUCCGAAAUCUUCCCACAAGUCGUUAGCAAACCCUGGUCUUACAAAUGAAGGAGCAACAAAGCCAGCCACUGGAAAAAAAGAAAAUGGUGCUGAUAUUAUUGAAAGUCCUCCGCUAGAGCAAACAGAUAAUGACAAUUUGACUUAUGUUGAUGAAGUGCCCCAAAAUAAUAGAGGUGAUAUGAUGUCCACAUUAGGAUUAGGACAAGAGGAAGACAUAGAAUCACCUUGGGAUUCUGAGAGUAUCUCUGAGAACUUUCCACAGAAGUAUGUUGAUCCUUUAGCUGGGGCUGCAGCGAAAAGAAAAAAUGUAGGAAAUGAACAAGCAGAAGGUAUGUUUUAUAUACCUUCUUGCAUGAGUGGAUCAAGAAACUUUAAGAUGGCUAAACUAGAGGAUACGAGAAAUGUAGGCAUGCCAGUAGCCCACAUGGAGUCUCCUGAGAGAGAUCGUCACUUGAAUCCUGCCAUUGAAAUGAAAGAUUCUGUUCCAAAUACAGCAGGAGGAAUGAAGAAUGUACAAACAUCCAAAGCAGCUGAACAUGACUUAGAGGUAACAUCAGAAGAAGAGCAAGAAAGGAAAGGAAGUGAAAAUAACCAGUCACAGGUUGAAGAAGAAAGGAAAAAACACAGAAAAAAUGAAACGGAAGUAUCAGCAAACAUAUAUGAUAGUGCUACUGAUGAUGAAGAUGUUGAUGAUGAUGUUGGAUUAAUUCAAGAAAGAAGGAGUGGAAAAACUGAUCAUCAACAAUUUCCUAGGAAGGAAAAUAAAGAGUAUGUUAGCAGUGGUCCUGCCUUGCAAAUGAAGGAAGUAAAGAGAAUUGAAAAAGGAAAACCUACCUCAAAAGAAUCUGUGAAUUCACUGGUGUUUGAGAAGGCCAGCUUACUAACUGGUGGCCUGCUACAAGUGGAUGAUGACAGCAGUUUAAGUGAAAUAGAUGAGGAUGAAGGAAGGCCUACUAAGAAGACAUCUAAUGAAAAGAACAAGGUCAAAAACCACAUGCAGUCUAUAGAUGAUGAUGUUGACUUAACUCAGUCAUCUGAAACAGCCUCGGAGGAUUGUGAACUGCCCCACUCUAAUUACAAGAAUUUUAUGUUGCUUAUUGAACAACUUGGAAUGGAGUGUAAAGAUUCUGUUACCCUAUUGAAAAUCCAGGAUGCAGCUCUUUCUUGUGAAAGAUUAUUAGAACUUAAAAAAAAUCACUGUGAACUACUUACAGUAAAAAUUUAAGAAAUGGAAGAUAAGGUUAAUGUACUACAGAAGGAGCUGUCUGAAACAAAAGAAAUAAAAUCACAGUUAGAGCAUCAAAAAGUUGAAUGGGAACGAGAACUGUGCUCUUUAAGAUUUAGCCUAAACCAAGAAGAAGAGAAGAGAAGAAAUGCUGAUAUGUUGUAUGAAAAAAUUAGGGAACAGUUAAGAGGGAAAGAAGAGCAAUAUAGGAAAGAAGUUGAAGUGAAACAGCAACUUGAACUGACUCUCCAAACACUGGAGAUGGAAUUAAGAACUGUAAAAAGUAAUUUGAAUCAGGUUGUACAAGAGCGAAAUGACACUCAGAGGCAACUUUCUCGAGAACAGAAUGCCAGAGUGUUACAAGAUGGAAUUCUGACCAAUCACCUUUCCAAACAAAAGGAGAUUGAAAUGACUCAAAAGAAAAUGAAUUCUGAGAAUUCUCAUAGUCAUGAAGAAGAAAAAGGCCUAUUGCAUAAAAAUAGUGUGUUGCAGGAAGAAAUUGCUAUACUAAGACUAGAAAUAGACACAAUAAAAAGUCAAAACCAGGAAAAAGAAAAGAAAUGUUUUGAGGACAUUGAAAUUGCGAAAGAAAAGAAUGAAGACCUUCAGAAGACUAUAAAACAGAAUGAGGAAACAUUAACACAAACAAUAUCCCAGUAUAAUGGACGACUUAAUGUUCUGACAGCAGAGAAUGCGAUGCUAAAGUCUAAACUGGAGAAUGAAAAGCAAAGCAAGGACAGACUGGAAACAGAAGUUGAAUCAUACCGUGCUCGACUGGCUGCUGCUAUACAUGAUCGUGAUCAAAGUGAGACAUCAAAAAGAGACCUAGAACUUGCUUUCCAGAGAGCAAGAGAUGAGUGGUCUCGUUUACAAGACAGAAUGCAUUUUGAUGUGUCUAACCUAAAAGAUAACAAUGAGAUUCUUUCUCAACAACUUUCUAAAACUGAAAGUAAACUCAAUAGCCUAGAAAUUGAGCUCCAUCACGUGAGAAAUGCCCUCAGAGAAAAGACUUUGGGUUUAGAACGGGUACAAACAGACCUAAGCCAAACACAGUGUCAACUGAAGGAAAUGGAACAAAAGUAUCAAAAUGAACAAGUUAAAGUGAAUAAAUACAUUGGAAAGCAGGAGUCUGUAGAGGAGAGAUUGUCUCAACUACAAAGUGAGAAUACGUUGCUUUGACAACAACUGGACGAUGCCCACAACAAGGCUGACAAUAAAGAGAAGACAGUGAUUAAUAUCCAAGAGCAGUUUCAUGCUAUUGUACAAAAGCUGCAAGCUGAGAGUGAAAAGCAAAGUCUUCUGCUAGAAGAAAGAAAUAAGGAGUUAAUCAGUGAAUGUAAUCACCUAAAAGAAAGACAGUGUCAAUAUGAAAAUGAAAAGGCAGAAAGAGAAAUUGUUGUGAGACAGCUUCAACAAGAACUGGCUGAUACCCUAAAAAAACAGUCUAUGUCAGAGGCUUCUCUGGAGGUUACAUCACGUUAUCGUAUUAAUUUAGAAGAUGAGACACAGGAUUUAAAGAAGAAAUUAGGUAAAAUCAGAAAUCAAUUGCAGGAAGCACAGGAUCAACAUGCAGAAGCUGUCAGAUGUGUUGAGAAGAUGCAAGAUCACAAGCAAAAGCUUGAAAAAGAUAAUGCCAAGUUAAAAGUUAAAAUCAAAAAGCAAAUGGACAGAAUUGAAGAGCUUCAGAAAAACUUGUUAAAUGCAGAUUUGUCUGAGGAUGAAAAGGAACAAUUAAAGAAACUUACAGAAUUAAAACAGUCUCUGGAAUGUAAUUUGGAUCAAGAAAAGAAAAAAAAUGUUGAAUUAGAAGGAGAGAUAACUAGAUUUAAGAACCUCUUAAAAAUGACAAGAAAGACGUUAAAUGAAUGUGAAAAUGGAGAGUUUAGUUUCCAUGGAGAUUUAAAAACUAGUCCAUUUGAAAUGGAUAUUCAGAUUAAUAAGCUAAAACAUAAGGUAGAUAGAGAGGAUGAUAUUACUGAAAAGAAAGCAAAGGAAGCCAAGAUUAAAGUUGAAGAAGAGGUGGAAGAAGAAAAAGUGGUAGAAGAAACAUCUGUGAAGAAGAAGAAGAAAAAGGGAAACCUGUGUUUUGGGAAAAUCUUCGGCCAGGGAAUCUUGUCCCGUCAGGUCCCUGGACACAGCUCAAAGCCUGGGGGACUGGAAUCUUUGCUUUGUGUACUACUAAUCUGUCCAAGUCCUGAGUUCCUCACAAGAUCAGGGCUGGGUUCCAAGGGCAAUGAGUCUGAGAUAGGGAAACCUCUUAUACCCUAUGCCGAAGUCGCAUGCUGUACCUGUACCACAUUCUAUUCAUGA